AUGAAGGCAAUGAAACCUGAUGAAUUCGGCUGUGGCGAGCGAGCAAUCGAGAAGUAUGAGGCUCUUCAAAGGUCAAUGCAAUCGGGCUGCCCUGGGUGCAUCCUCCUUCACGAGACGUGGGCCUAUUGCAUUCCUGACGAGCUAUCCCGGUCUAAGGCAUGGCUUUCUUUCAAUGUUGAUACAUCCAAAAUGUUUUUCCAUCUUUUCGACGACGGCGUGCAUGGUAUAGAUAUUUUCACACUUCCAGAUGCCGUUGAAAUUACCAAAGCCCUUGGAAUUCGCUAUCUUUGGAUCGACACUUUCUGCAUUAUCCAGGACGACGAAAAGGACUGGGAAACGCAAGCCUCGCUCAUGGCGGCAACUUACGAGAAUGCCUACAUAACACUAGCAGCAGGAGCAAGUGAUGAUGACGACGGAGGAUUCUUUGCAGAGGCCCAUGACAAGCACGCGAAACCUUACAAGUUCCAUCUGAAUGUUGAUGGCAUCAGCCAUGAAAUCUACAUGCGAUACGCUGUUUCGCAUUCAAGUACCGGAUGGCCGGGGGGAGACGCAUUCCCGUUGAUGACUCGUGCUUGGACUUUACAAGAACGACACCUAGCAAGGAGGUACUUGUGCUUUGGACCGAACGAGAUAUUCUGGGAAUGCCAGGAAGAUGUCGCUUGUAGUUGCACCAUGGCAGAAGGCCCCUUCAAUCCCCGUGGUCCGACCGAGGAUUUACCAAAGUUGCCUGAGUGCGAGCCGUUCAAGUAUCAGUGCUCACGAUUGAACGACUUAUCUUCAAAUGAAAUCGCAACUUUGUGGCGAAGGCUAGCGACGGAUUACUCUACACGAAACCUAACGAAGCCAACUGAUAAGCUACCUGCUCUUGCAGGAUUAGCAAACAAGUUCCAGAGGGCAAUAGGCUCGUCCUAUUUGGCUGGGCUUUGGCUUAAGAGUCUAAGGGAGGACUUGGCUUGGCAUGCUUAUGGCGAUCAAGAGUCCCUCGGUCGCGUGCGAAAAGGCCCGUCCUGGACGUGGACAGCAGCUGGAGAUUUCCGAAUUGAGUGGUCGCCACUUAAGUUGCACUCAACCUUCCAAGUGGAAGCCACCUCUUUCCAUGGAGACAUUCAAAGAUUCAACCUAGAUACAGAUGUCGAGAGCCGCUAUCUACGUAUCUCUGGGAAAUUGCUGCCUGUUUCCAUCCGAACCUAUACUGAACUUGGAGACUUUGAGCAGGCUUAUCCGCUGGCGAGGAAUUGUCAGGUAGUUGAAUGGGGGCGGCGUCACUCCCAGCACAGCCAACUACUACUGCAGCGGAAUGGAUGUCUUGUUGGCCCUGCCGAACGCGAUCCAAAAGACAGGUCCAAGGAGGUGGGGGAUAAUCGCAGUUGCGACAUAUAUGGGACGUUCUUUGCCGACUACCGUUUCUGGGAAACAGAUACAGAGUUACGAGAGGCAUUGCAGUACACAUACUUCCUCUUACUGGGCAUUGAGCCAGAUAUCGAUCCAGGCGAUCCUUUUUGGAUUGCUGGCAUGGUGUUGAAGCCACGCCCAGGCCCGUGGGCUGAGCCGGAGGACUGGUAUGAGCGAGUUGGCUGGCUUCGCUACUGUUCUCUGAAGUCAACAAAAGAGACAGGCCUUUGCUUUGGACUAGAGUUCGCUAUGCGGAUAAUAAAGGACUCUCGCCCACCCUCUGGACAAUCCGGCAUCUACCCCAACAGCUAUUUCGCUCUUAACAUGCAUCUCGACCUUUUUACUCGCAUUUUGCCAUCCUCAUUCAUUCUGAUUCUUCAUCUCUUCGACGGAAAUAUGACUCAGACACGCACUUACGAUAAGGACUUUAUCUCCCGUCCUACACAGGCCUCGAAGCCCAAAAGGAUCAUCAUCUGUUGUGAUGGAACCUGGCAGUCUUCCACCACAAUUGACCCCAAGAAGGGCUGCCCCUCCAACGUCACUCGUAUCAGCCGUGUUCUUGCAAAAGCUGGCCUCGAUCGCGAAGGCAAUGAGAGGCAGCAGUUGGUAUACUACGACGCUGGCGUAGGCACAGGUGAUAUCACCAAGGUUGAGGCUAACCGACAAGGCUCGCAGGGUCUCGGUCUCCUCGAGAAUGUACUUGAAGCCUACAACUUUAUCGUCUCCAACUACAACCCUGGCGACGAGCUGUACUUCUUCGGCUUCUCACGCGGUGCCUUCACUGUUCGCUCAACAGCUGGUUUGGUACAAGAAGUCGGUAUCGUCAAGUCGCAUUUGAUGGCCCACUUUCUUGAACAUUACGGCAACUUCAUCCGGGGAGAAGACUUUAGCAAGCCGUUUUCUCAAACUGAGCAUUGGACCAAGUUUCUAGGCCACAGUCCCGCGGCAGUAGCUUGUCCUGGCAAAGACACUGUGAUCCAAGUGAUUGGUGUUUGGGACACUGUCGGCGCUCUUGGAAUCCCUGAUAUGGGCCACUGGGUCACCAUUGAUAACUCCCGGUUUCGCAAAGCGUACCAAUUCCACGACACAGACCUAAGUGCUAAUGUAAAGCAUGCAUACCAUGCUCUGGCCCUAGAUGAACAGCGUGGUCCCUUUUCUCCCUGCUUAUGGUGCGUCAAGCCAGACAACAAGACCACAAAGCUUGUUCAGUGCUGGUUUCCCGGCGCCCAUAUCAACGUCGGAGGAGGUAGUUCUGACAACGCUCUCACGGACGAGGAGAAGAAGGAAAAGAAGCAGCCUAAGGGAGACAAUGAAAGGCUCUCAAGUGUUGCAUAUGCUUGGAUGCUCGACCGUGUCCGCCCACAUCUGGCUCUGGAUGAAGAAGCUCUCCAAAUGCAACUGGCGGAUAUCGACGGUGUCAUUCAAAGCCCCGGCGAUCCCAACAUGAAGGCCUGGGAGAAGCAGGACUGGCUUAUUGGCAAGAUCGACGACAGCUAUACUGCUGAGUACAAGGCCAUGGGCAGUGCUGUAAUUCGCACACCGAUGGACUACUACAAGCGCGAAGAAGGCUACACUGUUGAGCGUGUCCAUCCGUCAGUUUUCUUCAGACAACAAUACCAUGAGAACCUAAACAAGACGCUCAAAAAGAAGGUUGAGGUGUAUGAGCCUCUGGCUAUGCAGGGCUGGAAGCGCGAGUAUGAGUCUGAUGGAUUAGGAAAGGACAUGAAGCCACGAAAGGGCUGGACGUGGACCAAGUAUAAGAAGGGCACUGUUACACCUGAGAACAAGAAGACGAUGAUCGAGAAGAGGAUGUGGGAGUUUGAGAUUGGUAAUCUGCCAGAUGAGACGAGUGUCGAGAGGUGGUUGAUCAAAAAGUCAUGGAAUGUUGAGUCUUAUUUCAAGGCAAUUGAGGAGGGGUGGUAG